AUGCACGAGCCUGGCAGCCAGCGCAGCAUGGCCUCGUACGGGGCAUCCCUCCCCGACUCGGUCCCUCUCGUCCACCAGCGUGCACAGACGCACCUCGCCCUCCUUCCCUCGUUCUCGACCUUCCUGCGCGACCUCACCCAGCUCGAGCGCGACUUCAGCGCAAAGGCGUCGGCCCACAUCGGCUCGUUCCGCCUCGCCAUCGCUCGCUCGUCCCACGAGCGCGGCGGCGAUUCGGCCAGCCUCGAGACGGCUCUCGGCGGCGUACUCGAGCAGUGCGACUUGCAGGCGCGCGAGGUCGGCGAGUGCGCAGAGCGCGUCCAGCGCGAGGUGAGCGCCAAGUUGGACGAGGUGGGGCGCAGGAUGGGCGACGUCGGCAAGAAGCACCACGCGUUCUACGGCAAGCUCAUGUCGCAGCGCGACAAGGCGUACGAGACGCGCGACCGCUCCCGGUCGGCCUACUUCUCGGCGUGCGACUCGCUCGAGUCGGCCCGGCAGAAGAAGGCCGGCGCCAAGGAGGGCCGCGACACGGACAAGGCGCAGCGCGCGUACGACUCGGCGUACGAGACGAUGCUCCUCGCCAAGGACCAGUACCUGCUCGACCUCGACUCGGCCAACGUCGCCAAGCAGCGCGUGUACGAGGUGCACCUCCCGAGCCUGCACGACGACUUCCAGCUCCUCGAGGCAAGCGCCGUCCGCCAGCUCGAGGCGCUCCUCGCGCGCAUGGUCACGCUCCACCACGAGUCGGGCGAGCGCACGCGCGCGUGCGUCCAGAAGGCCCAGGACGCGCUCCAGCUCGUCGACGUCGACGCCGACCAGCAGGCGUUCGUCGACGCCCACACGCGCACGCUCUCGGCCGCGUACGAGCACCCGCCCGACCUCGUCUUCGAGGAGAGCCCUGUGUGGCACGACACGGACGAGUUCGACACGUCGCCGACCGCGCAAACGUACCUGCAGAACGUCAAGGCCAAGGCCGAGACGCGCCUCGCCGAGGUCGCGCCCGCCAUCGAGAGCAAGAAGCGCGAGGUGUCGGGCCUCAAGAACCUCGUCGACGCUUACAGCCGAGAUGCGGCGCUUGGUGAUACGGUCGGCGUCGUCGAGAACCUGUUCAACGUGUCGCACGAGACGACGCUCCUCGAGCUGCAGCAGUCCGAGCUGCGGGCCUCGGUCGAGCUCAUCGACGAGACUCUCGGCGACUCGGCCUCGACCGGCUUGCGCCCGCACGACUUCAAGCCCUCGUCGUUCGUGACGCCCUCGACGUGCGCCGUGUGUGAGUCGAGCGUCUGGGGCAAGGGCCUGUCGUGCAAGAAGUGCUCGAUGGCGGUGCACGCCAAGUGCGAGCUCAAGGUUCCUGCGGGAUGCGCAGCUCGCCCGGGUGCAGGCGUGGUGCGCGCCAAGUCGAAGAAGGCGGGCGCGGCGGCUGGAGCAGGUGGAGCAGCAGGGUCGAGCACGACGAGCCUCGCGCGCACGACAAGCUCCGCAUCGGGUUCCUCGUCCCUCCCGCCGAGGCGAGCUGUCCCUCCUCCUGGCUCGAACGCCUCGCCAUCAGCCUCCUCGCGCACCUCUUCCUCCGCAACACUUCAACACGCCACCGUCCUGUACCCGUACGCCGCCUCGUCGUCGUACGAGCUCACGCUCGACGCCGCCGACGUCGGCUCGUCGCUCGAGGUGGUGGAGCCCGAGGACGGCAACGGGUGGGUCAAGGUCCGGGUGCCGCAGGACGGCAGGGUCGGGCUCGUACCUGGGAGCUACGUCGAGAUCGGUGCGGCGGCGGCGGGAGGAGGAGCGGCAGCAGGAGGGUCUGGUCCGGGAACAGUCACGGCGCUGUACGACUAUGCGCCACAGACGGCCGACGAGCUCGCGCUCGAGGAGGGCGAGCAGCUCUCGCUCACGGCGACGGGCUUUGCCGCCGCUGAGGGAUGGGCAGAGGUCUCGAAGGACGGCAGGACCGGCCUCGUGCCCGCAGCCUAUAUCCAGGCGGCCUGAACGCGCUCUCGACCUUUCCUCGCCACCUCGUCCGACCGCAAUGCAGACACUAUACUCUCCCUCUC